AGUAGCUGCUCUACCUUUUCGACAUCCAAACCACCUCAUCACUCCAAACUUUGUCAUUUUUCUGACUUGCUACUGAAAAAAACUCCAGUGAUUUUGGAAAAGUUUAUACAAAGAAGAUUGAGCGGUUUCACGGUCUAAGAUCCAGCAGAGAUUUGUACAAUCUUUUGUUAUGAUUAAUAGGUACUGGUUAUUACAAGUUCUUUUCAUGCGCAUCCAGAACAGCUGGACUUCUUUGCCACACGUAAGCUACUACAGUACUAUCAAAACCACUUCAUUUUGAUAUGAGACGACCUAUCGAAGAUAAUGUGAAUCAAGUAGAAGUUGAAAAAGAGUCUCGAGAACCAAACAUGAAGAAAGACGCAUUUGAAACUUCAAAUCAGACCAAUUUUUCUGUGUUUGAUGAAAACGAAGAUAUUAGGCAAAAGAGAAAGAAGUUGAUAUCUGAGUUUAGCGGAUACACAACUCUGCAUGGCCUCCACUUCCUAAUAGACUCAGGGUCCCUUUUCCGCAAGGUCUUUUGGAUGAUUUUACUCCUAGUAAUGUUCACGUGCUUUUUUAUCCAAUUGGUGGAGAGUUAUAAAAGGUUGAAGGAGUACGGGAGCAACUUAAGCAAGGGCGUCGAGAGUCCAGAAGAAGUCACAUUUCCUGCUAUCACAAUUUGUAAUCAGAAUAUGAUGCGAAAAAGCUUAGUGAUGGGAACAGACGCACAGAAAUACCUAGACGGUCAAGACAUUAUGAAAAUAAAACUUGGAGCGGCACAAUUCUCGAAUGAAAGCUUUGAAGUGGAUAAAAUGGUGCGAGAGAAGGGACAUUUGUUUGAAAGCAUGUUGUUUGAAUGCUCCUUCGCUGGAGCUACAUGCACUCCAGAAAACUUCACAACUUUGUUGUCGUUUACGCGCGGCUUGUGUUACACGUUUAACUCAGGCACAAAUAACACGCCCGUGUUCACCGCAAGAGCUGCAGACAUACGUAUGGCCUUUUCCGCGAUGCUUUUUUCCCAACCCGAGGAGUAUUACGGUCCGUUUAGUCAUAGAGCAACCGGAUUCAAGAUUGCAAUCCAUGACCAGAACGAAACACCGGAUAUAGACUUGGAUUCAUACGAUUUAUCCCCUGGCUUCGCCACCAAUAUCCGCCUUAUAAGAGAAAAGGCGAAAUAUCUUCCUGCUCCAUAUUCCUCGAACUGCUCUUCAAAAAGAGGAAUCGACGGUGGCACGUACUCCGAGACUGGAUGCCUUACACGAUGCUACAAUAACCUGAUGACGUCACAAUGUCAAUGUAAAAUCCUGGGGCACGAGUCAGACUAUAAGAAUAUCACAGGAUUUUGCUCCACUUAUCAGCUAAAAGCGUGUGUAUACGAAGCCUGGAUGGUUUUACGUCCUCAAAAUUGCGAUUGUCCAAAGCCGUGCACCUCUCUAAAGUACAAAGCACAGAUCUCGACGUCUUACUUCCCAUCGGAGUCUCUGUGGGAAUCACUCAUCCCUUUGCUCGGCCAGUCUUCGCUACCAUUCGUGAACCUCACUGGAAGAACGCUUGAACAAGCCACGGCUGAGGCACAAGUGAAUGUUAGGAAAAGCGUUUGCAUGGUGAAUGUGUUUUUUGAGACCCUCGUGACCGACAUUUUGGAGGAGAAGCCGUCGUACGACUUAACCAUGUUUGGAGCCGAUCUUGGCGGAACGAUGGGUUUAUUUCUGGGCUGCAGUAUACUCACAAUCUGCGAAUUCAUCGAUCUCGUAAUCAUACUCGUCGCUAACGGGUGGCGCAAAGGGAAAGCUAGAGUUAUAGACGUCAAGGAGAAACCUGAAGCGAGACCCUGAUGCAACCCAUCUCAUGUGUGUCAGUAAUACAGUGAGGGCAAAACAUAUGGCGUGACAUACCUAAGGCGUUACAGGCGUGACUUGUUGAAGGCGUGACAUCAGAGGCGUGACAAGGCUAAGGCAAAACGCAAGGUGUGGCAAACUGAAGGCGUGACAUUCUGAAGGCGUGACAUAACUAAUGUGGAGCGCAAGGUGUGACAUACCCAAGGUGUGACAUAACCAGAGCGUGACAUACUGGAUGUGUCACACAAAUAAAGCGUGACAUGUUUAAGGCGUGACAUAACCAAAGCGUGACAUGUUGAAGGCGUGACACAUCAAAAGCAUGAUAAAACUAGAAGGCGUAACACACCGGGGGUGGUAUAUCCAAGGCGUGCGAGAUAGCGAGGGCUCAACUGUGACGUGACACUAUGAAGGCGCUACUGUGAAGUUGGAUACCAAAGGCGAACACGUAUAUUAAAUUAUUCCAUAGGCAUGACAUUGAAACAUAGUCAAUAAGUACUAUUAAUUUCAUGUGUAUUUGUUUUCUCAUUAAUGCUAUGUUGUUCAUAAGUAGGAAAAGUGAAUAUUAGAAAUAAAAAAUAAAACACAUUCCAGGAAUGCACACUAUCCGAAAAAUAACCUCCUAUGCCUUUGCCGUGGAAACACGGACGUCAAAUGCCACAUUCAUUCUCUAUUCUGUAGUCCCUGCGUAACAGUUAUUGGAGACCAUAAACAAGAGUGUUGAGAAGACAUUACAAAAAUAGAUGCAAUGCAAUGCAACUCUAGAAUAUACAAACAUGUCCAUGUAUUAA